CUCCGGUUUCCCCACACUACACAUUGCUCACAUCCCAGGACGAACAACGCGGUUUACCAUCUUGCUUGUUUGUUUUUGGCUUGCUUGCUUCUUGCUUGUUGCUUGUUGUUCUCUCGCUCGCCUUUCCUGCUGUUUGUUUGUUUGUUUUUCUUCCCCACCCUUCUCCCCCUUCCCCACCACACCUCGCACACCCCCAAUACAGCCAAGCAAGACCAUGAGUCGCGGUGCUGUUGUGAUCACGCUUGCCGUGGUCGCCGCUGUGUUCAGCGCAGACCUCUGCGCUGCCAAGAACCUCGUCUGGCGCGGUGGAAACACCAACUUUAACAACGCCGACAACUGGGACGGUGCACUGCCACUGGAGAGCAGCGAUGUCGCCAGUGUCGACCUGCGCUCGGAGCGCGCGUACACGUCGUUCAUCUCCAGCGAGACGUACUCCGUUGGCUCCCGCAUGAAGCUCCCCAUGAACGGCCGCUUCGUCUUUCAGAGCGACCAGGCGGUUGUCAUCAAGUUCAAUGAGCAAGCAUCUGGCCCAGAGGCGCAGUUCAAGGGUCCCCGCGACGACAUUGAGUUUUCCUUCAACUGCCCAGACAACUGGCGGAUCUACCGUGGCACGUCGCUGGAUGCGACGACGGAGCCUCCGCGUGAGGACGAUGACGUGUUCUUUGAGCCAGACAGCUCGUACCACGUGUUCUCCGACGCCCCGCUGACCAACGUGGCGUCGCUGACCAUCGGGCACCCGAGCACGGCGGGCCUGGAGAUUGAGGACUGCCGCGACCUGCCCGCGCCGCAGUUUGAUGGGCUGGACUGCAGCCGCUUCUUCAUCAACGACGAGACGGCGUGCACGGACGAGUUCUCAUUCAACGACGAGGGCACGCGCGCGUGCAUGUACUACAACAGCUGCCCGACGGAGGAGCAGGCUGCAGAGCAGGCCGCGCGUCUCGUGGAGGGCGCGCAAUACAAGGACGCCGAGAUCCAGGCCGCUGCCGCCACCUUGGACACGGUCAACUUCCAGUUCGACCUGGCCGUGGACGCCCUGUCGCAGAACGAGGACGUUCGCGCUGCGAUUGACGCUGCGUUGCAGGACGAGGAUUCGCUCGCCGCCCUGGCACCCGCAAUGCUGCCAGACCUCAAUGGCACGUCGUUCACGUGGACGGUGUGGUCGCUGUCCGCCGCCUACAGCGACAUGACCCUCACCCUCUCCGGCGUCGCCACCGCCCCCCGCGCCGCCUUUGCUGUCCCCGGCACAGACCCGCGCCUCUUUGAUCCCACCGCCACCCUGACCCUCGCCAACCCCACGGCCGGGGUCGACGGCGCGUUCCAGACGGAGACGCGUGUCCUGGCCCGCGUGCACGUGGCCGCGCUCGCCUCAGCCCACGCCACCGCCGACGCCCUCGCAGCCGUCAACACCACCUGUGCCGACGAGGCAGCGUGCACCCAGAUUGCGAGCGUGGUGCAGGCCCUCAGCAAGGUGGACAAGGCGGCAGGGAGCUCGUUCGACACGUCCAUGCUGGUGAGCACGGUGUGCAAGGACUACACGUGCCCGUCGGACCCGGACCAGCUCAAGGCGGCGAUUGCGCAGGCGCUCGGCAACGACACCACUGUCAGCGACGACGACAUUGCUGCGCUGGCUGGCGCGCUUACCGGGCUCAACGCCACAGACAACGGGGACCUGCAGGCGUUCCUGGAGAGCGACAAUGCAAUUGCCGCUGGUGAUGCCCUCAACACGGCCGACGCCGCCGUGGUGGCCGCCCAGCCCAUCACCCGCACCAUCAUCUCGGACCCGAUUGUGUUUGGCGUGCACCUGCCCGCGCUGACGCUGCGGCUGCUGGUGAACACGGCCAACCGCGCGGCGUUUAUCGCGGAGAUGAAGCAGCGCUUCCUGGCCGCCGUCGCCGCGGACGAGGUGCUCGGCAUGGAGCUCAUCCUCAGCACCAGCGCCAACACCGGCAGUGACAGCAGCACUGCCCGCCGACGCCGUGCCGCUGGCGACGACGCAAACGUGGUGGUUGAGCUGAUUGUGACGUACAAGGUGACAUGUCUGGAGGACCUGUGCGAUGCGCUGGUGGUGACGAGCGACCACCCGUCGUACCAGGCGCUGGUGGCGGCUGCAAACGGCGCCGCAGCCACCAUUGACCCGCAGGCGUACGAGUGCUUCAUCACCACCCUCAGCAGCGGCGCCAUCCAGAUUGACGACCUGCCCUCCUCCUCUUGCCUGUACGACCGCGCACGGGAGCUGCUCGCGGCCUCUGGUGGCGACGCUGCCGCCGCCUACGACGCCCUCAUCGCCGCCACCACCUGCGGGCCGGCCGGGUCGCUGCCCACGGGCGACUGCGUGCUCGACGUUGCCGCAGACGUCGUCGCGCAGAUUGAGACGCGUGUGCAGAACGCCGUCAACGCUGCCACCACCACCACCUCCACCACCACGGCCACCAAGCCCGUCAUCUCGACCUCCAGCAGCAGCACGACUGCGCCCGUGACCAUUGCGCCUGCGGAGUCGAGCGCCGCGAGCGUGGGCGUCAUUGCUGGCGGCGCUGCUGCCGGUGUUGUCGCCCUCAUUGCCGUUGUCAUCCUCAUCGUCGUCCUCCAGCGUCGCGGCGGCUCCCGCAGCUCGGGCAAGGCCGGCACCGCUGUUGACGCCAACAGACACGUCGUCGCCUUUGAAAACCCAAUGUACGACGACCCCGGCCUCAACCCGGCUAUGGUGCAGCCCGUCUACGAGGCAGCAGGCGACAAGCCAGAGGAAGAAGGCCUGUACGACGAGCCUGCGUUUACGGUUGGUCUAAACGACAAGACGAACCCCAUCUACCAGUCCAACGAGGACCUCGCGGAGAGCGACUACGACAACAUCGCCGAUAGCGAGGACGAUGGCCCAGACGGCACCGGCUACCUCGACGUUGCCCCCGAAGUGGAGGACGAGUGAUGCAAUGUGGCGCAUCCGCAAUCACAUCCGCAGUCACAUACGCUCCCUCUUCCUGCCCCCUGACAUGUUGACUCUCCCCAUAUGCACGCGCUGUCAAACCUUACCCUGCGUUCUUGCCCCCCUCCCUUCUUCUUCUUUCGUUGCCCCUGCUCACCCUCCCUCACUGCUUUCCCUUGUUUUGUUACACCGACCUGCCUGCCUGCUGCAUGCAUUUCUUGCUGUUUCUGGGCGCUGCGUGCGCACCUCCCCUUGUUCUCCCUUUCCUACCUCUGUUGCACAAUGAACAACUGAACACACCA